UCUCUCCUUGUGCCUUGCCAGGGCUUAGAGGAACCCACAUGGAGAACGUAUAUGACUUCUACAAACCAGAUGCAGCUACAGAGUACCCAAUAGUGGAUGGGAAGCUCUCCAUCCAGUGCUACCUACGGGCCUUGGACAGAUGUUACACAUUAUACCGUCAAAAAAUCCAGAACCAGUGGAAACAAGCUGGCAUCGAUCGGCCUUUCACUCUUGAUGACUUACAGUUUAUGAUCUUUCACACGCCCUUCUGCAAAAUGGUCCAGAAAUCCCUGGCUCGCCUGAUGUUCAAUGACUUCCUGUCAGCCAGCAGCGACACGCAGACCAGCCUCUAUAAGGAGCUGGAGGCCUUCAGGGGGCUAACACUGGAGGAAACCUACACCAACAAGGACAUGGAUAAAGCACUUCAAAAGGCCUCCCUGGACACGUUCAACAAGAAAACCAAGGGCUCCCUUUACCUCUCCACUCACAACGGGAAUACAUACACCUCAUCCUUAUAUGGGUGUCUGGCCUCCCUUCUGUCCCGGUAUUCUGCCCAAGACUUGGCUGGUUCCAGGAUUGGAGCCUUCUCUUAUGGCUCUGGCUUGGCAGCAAGUUUUUUUUCAUUUCGAGUGUCCAAGGAUGCUUCUCCAGGAUCCCCCCUGGAGAAGCUGGUGUCUAGUAUGUCAGACCUGCCAAAACGCCUUGCCUCCCGGAAGCGUAUGUCUCCUCAGGAAUUCACAGAAAUAAUGGACCAAAGAGAACAAUUCUACCAUAAGGUGAAUUUCUCACCACCUGGCGACACGAGCAGUCUUUUCCCCGGCACGUGGUACCUGGAGCGAGUGGAUGAGCUGUAUCGCCGGAAGUACGCCCGGCGACCAGUCUAAAGACUGUGCUUCCAUGCUAGCAGUUUCUGGCCACGGAUCGUAUUUUUAAAAAGCCCCCUCUUCGAUGGAAAUGGACUGGAUUGGACACCGUAGUCCCCGGAAGCAGCGGCCCUAGAGAGUGGGGGGCCAUCCUUAGCGGUCCUUUCACUGCUGCAGUCACUGUCAUGGGCUAAUGGUAGGGCAGGGGUCCUCUGUGGAAGAAGGGAUGCGAAGAAGGCCUAGCCCACAGUCACGGCCCUCCAGAACUGGGAAAAAAAUCUGGAUAACUUUGCUUAUCAUGUUCCCUUGUGGUCAUUAAUAUCCUUAUUAGAUUUCUGUGCUGUUAUAUCUUUA